AUGCUUGCGCGAUCAUGGACAAGAUCAGUCUUGAGAUUCCCUCCCACCCCCAUCACAGCAUGUAGACCCUUCCACACCACCCCAACCGUCUUUGCAAAACCCCUCCCACCCCGCCUCCAAAUCCCCGAAAUCGACAUCACCGAAUCCUUCCUCAAAGGCACCGGCCCGGGCGGGCAAAAAAUCAACAAAACCUCCUCCGCCGUGCAGCUCAAACAUCUACCCACCGGUCUGGUAGUGAAAUGUCAGGGCACCAGGAGCAGGGAGCAGAAUCGAAAGGAUGCGAGGAGGCUUUUGGCGGAGCGGUUGGAGGAGCGGGAGAAGGGGGAUGAGAGUCGGACGGCGAUUAAGGCGGAGAGGGCGAGGGUGAAGAAGGCUAGUAAGAGGAAGAAGACGGGGAGGAAGUAUCGGAAGUUGGCGGAGGAGAGGGAGGGUGGGGUUGGGGAGGGAGAGGAGGGUAGUGGUGGGAGAGAGGCUGUUGAGAUUGCUAAGGGGGUAGGGGGAGGUGCAAGUGAAGACACGGUCCAGUCCAGUGCGAAGGACAAAUGA